CUGCCCUUUGAAACCAUGUCCCACCCUCAGAGACUACCGAACGCCAUAGACAGUGACAGGCGUGGGGUCUCUGAAGAGGACAAGGCAGCAUGGCGGCAGGGCCCUGUGGCUUCUGCCUGCAAACUAAGUAACGUGCGUCCUUUCCUCCUUCAGCUCCUGCAGCUAAUUGCGAAAUCCCAGUUAACGUCGCUGAGCGGCGUGGCGCAGAAGAAUUACUUCAACAUUUUGGACAAAAUUGUCCGGAAGGUCCUCGACGACCACCAGAACCCCCGCCUCAUCAAGGACCUCCUGCAGGACCUGAGCUCCACCCUGUGCAUCCUCAUCCGGGGCGUCGGGAAGUCCGUGCUGGUGGGAAACAUCAACAUCUGGAUCUGCCGUCUGGAGACCAUCCUCCACUGGCAGCAGCAGCUGCAGAACCUGCAGGUCACUAAGGUGAACGACGGCCUCACGCUCAGUGACCUCCCUUUGCACAUGCUCAACAACAUCCUGUACAGACUCUCCGAUGGCUGGGACAUUGUCACACUAGGCCAGGUGACCCCGACGCUGUCCAUGCUCAGCGAGGACAGGCAUCUGUGGAAGAAACUCUGUCAGUACCACUUUGCCGAGAAGCAGGUGAGCGUGGCGGCCUUGGGCCCUGGCGCGCAGGACGCGUCACCUGGAGGGAGGCUGGCGUGCGUCCCUUGCCUGCCCCAGCGUCUGCACCCGGCUCUCCCGGCCUCCCCUCCCCGCACCCCGCGCCUGCAGACCCAGGGUGGGAACUGGCUCGGAGCGCCCUCGCGUCGUCUCCUCGGCAGCGAGCACCAGCCCGACGCCGCCCCUCACCGGCCCCUGUCCCUGCACCAUUCCCUGCUCUGGAAGACCUCCCCUCCCAGUGGGACCGCGCUGCGGGCUGCCUGCUCGUCACCCCGGCCGCAGCCUGCAGCACCCACUGCGCUCCGGGGCUGGUCAGCACGCCGCCUGCAGACGGACCCCGCUUCCGCUCCACGGCUGGUGGACAUCAGGGUCGUUUCCACCUUGCGGCUUUGA